CCGGAGUUUCCCCAUGAUUUUUAGCGUGGCGCUUCGUCUCCGCCAAUCACAGGCGGCAAUCGCACCUCAUCUCAUCACGAAGCGCCCAUCCCACCCAAGCAUUUGACCCUUCGACUCCAGCUGCAUGGAGAUGGUGACAACAGGUGCAAUUGGUGCUCAUCAAUGGCUUGUUCUUCCCGGCGCGUAGUGAACGGUUGAGAUUACCGACAAGGCGAGUAUCUUCCUGUGCAAUCUGUACUGCUCGUACCAACGUUACCACUCCUUAUCAAUCCUCCUACCUCGUCGUCUUCUUGCACUUCUCUGUCAAACUCGCGCGCCGGGAAGAUUUGCAGGCAGGCCUGUGUCAUCUCCACGAGCGACGCAUUCUAACGACAAUGCUCCCUGCGCGGUUCCUUCUCGCCUGCAUCGCAGCAGCGCCAGUGCUUUGCCAAACAACAAGCAUUGUAGACUCUGUGGCCAGUCCCAGCACCACGCUAUCGACCGCACCACUCAGCCUGCUCCAAAAGCGGCAGUCCCAGUCCACAUCAAUACAGGUCGGCGCAACCCAAACCCAACCAACUCUCGCGACCGGCACGAGCAGCGCCUCCGCCUUGGACGCCACCUCAUCGACGACCGCAAGCACGACGUCCACAGCGUCUCCACCCGCAACAUCGGACUACAACGGCUCAGAUCCCAGCACCAAUAAUGGCGGCGCCACAGUCGACACAGACGGCGGCGCUUCCGGGUCCGGGCAGUCAUUCGGGAUAAGUCAAGGUGGGAUGAUCGCCAUCAUUGUCGUAGUCGUGAUCGUGGCGGUGUUCGGCAUUGCCUCGACCAUCCUCUUCGUUCUUGCUAAACGCAGGCAAUGGAACAUCCGCGCCUCCAUCGCACGCGCGGCCGAACGCCUUGCCACGCCACUGACUCCCCGCUUUCCACGCACGGCGCGAACGCCGGCACUGCAGAUGUCGAAGCGUGGCGGCGGCAGUAAUCGGCGUGUCACUGUGCAUGCGGGCAGAUUCGCUGGGUCCAAGCCUACUCGAGACGAGGAUGCGACACCGUUGAAGCCGUAUGGGCAUAAGCGAGGACCGAGGGUCGAGGAGACAGAUAUCGAGAAGAAUUCAACGGCGAGCUCUAAGCUUGAGGAAAGGAGCUGGACUGCACGGCUGAUGGGGAAUGACUGGAAAUCGUGAGCUCUGGCGAUUGUUCUUUUGCAGGCGAACGGGUCUGUACGCUCGUAGAGGGUGGCUCGUGUUUGCUUGAGCAUGCUUGUA